UCUUACGGUCGGUCGAAACCAUCUUUUCAGAGGCAGACGAGUCUCGUCGCUGCUUUCACGUGACUUCAUCUUCGGCGUGCGGUACAUUCGCGUAACUCUACGAACGGUAUUUCCAAACAAUCAGAACCAAAACAUCACGAUUCGUUCGGACUGGGAUCGUUGCGAGUUGUCGGUGUACAUAGGAUACUAGUGUCUGUGGGGGAACUCUCGCCAGGAACAGCAGUACGGAGCGGUGCGCGUUGUAAAUAAAUAAUUGCCAUCGUGGAUGAAGCAACUUGGUGAAGAAGAAAAAGGAGAAGAGAUUUUUGCUACGAAGAAAAAAAAAAACAUACACAGCGUAAAAGCGGGCCGUCCCCGUCGAGGAGAUCCGGUCCGGUUCUGCUUGGUUCACAGUGAAACGUGUUUUUCCUGUCCUGAACAUUGCAAACUCGCGUCCGCGUCCGUUGGAGUAUCCCUGUUUCUCCGCGUGUCCCGUCCGCCCCCAUACAAAUACAGCAUUCGGACUGAUAACAGCGCUACGAACGGACCGACCUGUUACGCCAAUUGCCGUCACUGCUGGAAGGUUGUACUGGCCUUCGGAUGCUGGUCGCUUGGUGUCGUCGGUGUCUAUAGUGGUAAAAGUUUCCAAGUGUCAUCCCAUCGGAUAGCGGGAAACCGGACGGAGGCUGGCAGGUUGUCGGUGAAAAGUUUUCAAAUGUUUUCAUAUCAUUAUACUCAAUAGAAAGGGCUGUAUUUGCAGCUAAGUUUGGAGUUUGAUUCAGCUUUGAAAACAAUAGAGCACAGGACAAAGUUUCAGAUGUGAUGAUGGUUCAUUACGGGAACUCAACAGUUGGUUGAGCAGUUGUCCGGCUGAACUGAUGUGAUAAGGUUCUGUCCGCUCUGGUGGACGUUGAGUUUGUGUCUACCAUAGAGGACCGUAUCGGAACGACGUUAACCACAACUUUGGAAAUUUGGUAUACUUGCGGUAAACGGACACCCUGUUUGUAACUUUCGUGCGUUAAUUUACGUUCAAGUGCAUUUAAAUCCAGACCCUGGUACAAAGGUGCGCCACCAUCAUCCACACGAGAGAUAACUGAUUUAUAUCGGGAAGUGUCGAGUUUGCUUGUUCCGUCGAAUUACGUGGGAAAGGUGAUGAUUAUGUUUUGAAUUUAGACGAACGGAUGUACCGACCGAGUGCAUAAAGCAAGAAGAUAACCGUUCGUCUAGGAGUGUAGCAGCGAAUAUGAAAUAGCCGAGAUCGAUCAAGUAUCAAGUGCGUGUGAUAUUAUUUUUUUUCAGUUAUUCUCUCAGCCGAGCCAGACGUGAUUUGGAAAUAUUUUUAUUGCCGACAUCAGCUGAAAAAAAAACAAACGCCAAGGUGCAGAAAAGAAGAAAAAUCCUCGAAUCAACGUGUAGAAAUUUCGCUCUCGCCGAUGUGAUUUCGGUUUCUCUGUUUUCGGUCGGCCUUUCGCUUCCAUCAAGUAUCGCAUUUUGUGUAUGGGCGAUUUUCGAGUUUCAGAUAUACGAGUGCAGAAAUUGAAUGUGUUUGAAGUGUUGUAUUAAUUUUUUUCUCUACCACCCCCGCUGCCCACCUGGUGGUUGCAUUUUGGGCCUGGCUUCAGUUCUAAUAUGCGGCGUUGAGUUUGCAGUUUGCUGAACAAGCUGUGAUCCGCUGCCACCGUCGCGUCGCCGCCGCAAACUUACCGCAAAAACCGGUUUGCGUCGUUCGACGAGUCAAAGUCGAAGCAGCAGAGCAAGUGAGGUGAAAGAAGGCAAGUAAAUCGACGGGAAACGGGCUCGAACCUCUGUGUAGCCCCUUUCUGGAGAGCGUGCCCCGGUCAGUGCUGGUGAAGAAAUAAAAUUCAAUAACGUGGAGAAAAAGUUGGAAAAUAGCACGUUCCGCCGAACGGAACGACCCAAGCAGUGAACAUAAAUCUCGUAGGUGAGCCAGUCAGCCAGCCAUAGAGACUGGUGAGCUGGCCUUUCUCUUCCUCGUUCAAGGCAGUCAGCAGUGGACCAAUUUUUGCAUACGACACUAGCCAAGCCGAAGACAACGACGAGAGGUCGUACGUGAUUUCUGCAAAAGAUUUUCGACCAAAAAACAAUUCGACAAGGCUCCGACCCAGAAUCUACUCGCUGCCCCUUAGCGAAGCUCCCAAUCAAAGUCAAUCCUGGUGACACAUUGUGCCGAUUUUCUCAUCUUCAGCCCACUCUGUCAGCCAGGAAGCUACCAGUCAGUACACAAAUCCAAGAACAGUUGCCACCGAAGAAAAACUUCAGGACAAACAACUCCCGGUUCGCUUUGCAAACUAAAUUGACGUUAAUUGAAUGGAAUACGAGCGCAUAACAAUAAGGAAGUCGCGACCGCAAAUCUCGCGCAACCGUUAGGGAGACAGACGUAACAGAUGAGAGAAGUUCCUGAUUGAUGGAUGCACAGACCGAGAGUAUAACCACAGAAAGAAAUGCCACGCGGGAAGCCAGUUACGUCUAAGUGAGCGACAAUUAAAUUAAGAAGCACCGAGGUGAUUGAUCAAAGUUUUGCUGAAGUCGACGGAAGCAAAAGAAAAUGACAGAAUAGGAACAAAACCAGUAGGAACAACCAGGCGGAAAAUCUAAUUUCACCUUCACCAGCAGUCGUCGUCGUCGUCGUCGUCCACGUGGUCGGCAGGUUCAAGAUACGACUGGCUCAAAGCGAUAAUUAAAAUGAUCGACUUCGAUUACUUCGCGAGAGACUGAGAUGAAUUCAGCCUUCAUGUCGGUACACAGUUCCCUUCAGCUCAAACCGAGCGUCCGGAUAUCUGAAAACUCAGCUAAAAUAUGAUUGUGAAGUGAACUAACACAGAUUUCCCCGCGUCGUUGGUAUUAACUUCCAAUUGGUCGCACUUUCGCCAGUCCCACACCACCAUAGAAUCGAGUGCAGUGUGUUGAAAUAACCACAGCCGCAACAACAACAACUACAACACGACCACCACCAGCAACUCAAAAAAGAUCAAAGCCAUGACCCACAGAAUGUCCCCCAAAACGCGCGUGGUGUUUAAAUUCAUCUUCGGACUCGGCAUCUGGUCCUUCCUGGUGCUGGGCUUCUUCAAGCUGAACGGCGAUCCGGUAACGCAGCACCAGUUCCAGCAGACACCGAUCAACGGGCGGCUGCUGCUCAACAAGGACAACCGGUGGACGGGGAAUGAGGCGACUUCCACGACCACCGAUCGGUACGCGUCCCCCGUCGGGGUCGGGGUGGACGAGGUCCUGGUGGAUAAUCGAGCCGUCAUCGACGACGAACAGCUGGUACGGGACGUGGAAUCACGCAUCCCCUCGCUACCGAUUGCCUACUGGAGCAAGCACAAGAAUGCCGUCCAGAAGAAGGUCUCCUGCGCCAAGUACCCCUCGAUCUUCGAGCUGGAGUUCAACAACAUCUACUGGCAGACGCUGCGGAGUACGAACGGAACGUUCCAACUUUUCGGUGCAUACUACGAUAUCCGAAAGCGUUCCCGGAUCGGUCCGGCGGUGCGAAUCCUGGGGAUGAUCGAUCGAAUCGAACCCAAGGUGAAAACGUUCUGUCAGCUGUGGUUCGACGGUCAGAAGGAACCCUUCAUCGUGAAAACGUUCGAGUACAAGUACAUCUGGUUCAACAAGUGGGGUAACUACAAACAGGGCAUCUAUCAGCCAUAUCUGAUUGCUUGCCAGAUACCGAAACCGUUCCGAGGGUUGGUACCGGCUUCGGUAUCGCUGGUAGAAAAGCAAUGCGAUACGGCGACCAACAACCUACGGGUGUUGUAUAAUCGGCCCCUGGACGAUAAAAAGAAAGGAUUCGCUGUUUGUGUGAAAGGAUUAGACUUUUUGUAUGAUGACUUAUCGGUUCGACUAGUAGAGUGGAUCGAGCUGUUAGGGAUCUUAGGAGCAGAUAAGAUAUUUUUCUAUGAGCUACAGGUGCAUCCGAAUAUCUCCAAGGUGCUGCGGUACUACGAGGAACAGGAUCGAGUUCACGUUACCCCGCUGACGUUGCCCGGGGGGCAACCGAACGUCCCCGGUUUCCAGCAUUUGUUCCUAUCGAAGAAAACCACCCACAAGCGACAGAAUGAGUUGAUCCCGUACAACGACUGUCUGUACAAGAACAUGUACAAAUACGAAUUCAUCGCGUUGCUCGAUAUUGAUGAGGUGAUAAUGCCUAAGAUGGAUGAAGAUCGAACCUGGCACGACUUAAUGCAACGGGUCGUGGAAAAAGGUAUGAAGCUCAAGAACGACACCUAUCCGAGUUACAAUGUGCGGAAUGUGUACUUCUUUGACCAGGAUCAGCACGAUCACGACUGGAUCAAGGAUACACCGCGCUACAUGCACAUGCUGCAGCAUGUGCAGCGAGCCAAAAAUUACACCAAACCUAACCAGUACGUAAAGUGCUUCCACAACCCGGAACGGGUUCUGACGCUGCACAACCAUUUCCCGAUCGCCUGCUUGGGUGGAGCCUGCCAUUCCUAUCCGGUCAGUACGGAUGAUGCACAGCUUCAGCACUACCGUGCCGAUUGCGUUCGUACGCUCAAGAAGAGCUGUGAGGAGUUCAAAGAGAACCAGGUUCGUGACACCACGAUAUGGAAGUACAAGGACGAACUGAUCCAGCGAACGCGCCGCACGCUGGAUCUGCUGGGCUUCUUCCGGCCAUCGUCGGCGAUCGGAGGCGUGGGCCGCGGGAAAGACUCCCUGUAUAAGCGGUGAUUGUUGCAGAAGCUUAGGCAUAUGUUUAAUCUCUAGUUACGUUUGUUCAUUUAUUCGAUUGACCAACGGCGACACGAUCCCAGCAGCAGCAACAGCAGGCUGACACUGAAAUACUUUCCUAAUACAACCGGUGCUGCCACCGGAGGACAGGAGCGGCAGUGCUGUGAUCUACGCCGGUGAAAGCGGCAUGCCCGCAUUUUCCCUGUACAGUUCAAUCCGAAUAAAUGAACGAUCGAUUCGAAGUGUAGAUGGAGGCACAAUGUUAUCAUAGCGAGCGUGGAGACUUUUUCCCCUUUAUUGGAAUUAUUAUUGCAAUCAACCUACUACUACUUAGGCAGUCAACGUAAUUUAUGCAUAUAUGUAUGGCAGGAAUCGAUUUAAAAUCAAAUGUUUUUUCGUCUUUUCGCUGAAAAAAAAACCACGGAGCUGUGUGAUUUCUUAUUAACUACUGCAAAGCUAGCUACUGUUUACCACAACUAUUAUAGACUAUUAGCGUAAGGCCCGUUUAGCAAGAGGGAAAGGGCAAGAAAAAGUCACGUGUUAGACAUGUUGACACUAGAACACAGAUCAGUUAUUAUGAUUAGCCGGUGUGCCUUUUGUUAGCUACUGCUACUAUAUGCUCCUCCCGAGGAUUCUGUUGGGGGUAUUGAGGCGGUUUUUGGAGAAUAGUUUGAAUGUUUUGCUACUUACGGAAAUUUAUGGGUUUAUAUCGAGUAAAUAGGCUGGGAAAUAUUCUAUUUUCAAUUUGUUGCUACGAAAGGUGAGGAGGAAUCAUUACAUAUAAGUUUAGUGGAAAAAUGACAAGAAGCCUGAAUAUUAGCAGGACGGUCAUGCUCUCGAUUUUUUAUGUAGGGUGACUAUUUGUAUAGCAAAACCCCAGGACAGUGUAAAGAUCUUCCCUUUCUUAAACGAACGCUUUCUAGUCUCACAGGCAGAGCUCUGUCAGAAUCUCAUGAGCUUUCGAGCACUUCUUGAUUUACUGACACGCGUUUCUUUCUAUACCAAAAUCAUCGAAGGUAUGCAAUCGUCUCAUCCUACAAUCCUCAAUUGAGCAGAUGAGACGAUAUAUUUUGAGAUUGUCUGCGAUGGGCCGACGGGAAGUCUUUAGCACUAAAUACAAGUCAUUGAAGUAAAGCAGAAACAGCAACGGUUCCAAGUAACUUGCCUGGGCUAUUCAUGACGUAGAAGUGAAUGCUGUGAAUGGAGAUCGCUCCGUCAUUGGAUGAGAGAUAGAAUGUAAAGAUAGGAUGUACUGAUCAAAAACUUCCCGACAUUUCAGCCCGAGUUCUUGGGCAAUUUUCAACCGUUUCAGAAAUGAUUGGUUCUGUCUCUCCACCUCCGCCAUUUUGUUAUAGCCUAUAUGUUAUCAUAUCCGUAGAUAUUUGGUUGCAGCCUUUUGUGGUUUAUCAUAAGUUGAUUGCGUGCUGUUUUUGAUUGUAGUAGGCGGACUUUCCUUAGCAGCUUCUGAGCAAGGUUUUCCGUUGGUGUAGUGUUUCAGUACAGAAUUUGACCUGGGUGCGUGACCAACGUUCUCUGAUUAAGUCUCAUUUUCGGUUAAUCUGCUUAAAAUGGUCACGUAUGAAGGGAUUGGUUUGAUCGGACGCAUUCUCUCCAUACGAACACUAUUUGAAAAACCCGGGAAGAUCAACUGUGACGGAAUCCACCGCUCCGUAUCUUGACAUAUAUUUUUCAAUCACGAUGUCAGGGGUGCGUGGGGAUAAGUCAUGUAAGCGAGCUUCUAUAGAGUCAUUGUCAAUGGAUACGGGGAUGCCGAUUUGAAUCUGAAACUGUAUUAGUGUGUUCAACGAUUUGUUUUCCUCCACCUGUCAUAGGUGGAGAAAAGCCAAGAGGGUGAAUGUUUUGACGUUUCUUUUAAAAAUGAGUGAAGCCAACAUAGGCUGGCUUCCUGGCUCGGCUAGUUGCCAAAAAUGACAGCGAACGCACUUUAAGCAACGUUCACAUCGCUACGAGCCAAUGAUGUUAACUCGAUCUGAAACUUAUCGAAUGUAAACAAACGUCAUUUUGAUGUGCUUAAUUGGUACUCAGGUGAUAAAAGCGCUCGGAUUUUGUGGAGAAGAGGCGAUGCAAGAGAAAGCGCGAUUUUUCAUACAUUGUUAAUAAUUACUAGUUUUAAAUCCAACUUCUACUCAGUGUUGUACAGUUGAUAUGAACAGAUCUUGAACAUUUGAAACGUAGCUACCGCUACUGGUAUUUGGUGGCAGCUUCAAGCAACAAACAGUUUCCACGGGGCUGAGAAAAACAAAUCGAAAAUAGCUUCUCGGUCGUAUUAUUUUCAUGAUGGAACCUAACCAACCGCUAUUGUAUGUCUCCGGAAAGAGUUUUGAAGCGACAGAGAGCAUUUCAACACCAUUAUAAAUGCUACAGACGAGCUAUUUCAAACGUUUAAAUUGGCUGACAGUUUUAUAUAUGACAGGAGGAAAACAAUCAUCCAAUUAGUGUGUGUGAGAUGAUUUGCAUAGAACUCUAUGUCAUAGGAACACCAUAUCGGCAAAAUAAAUUUUGGAGAGCUACUCAAUGAUAUCCUUAGCAGUAGAUGAAAUCAUUCCAUGAAUCUCGAUGAAACGACUGUAUACUACGUAGAUUGGCUUUCGGCCAAGUAUUGGCUUUCGGCCAAAUAUUGGCUUUCGGCCAAACAUUGAAUUUCGGCCAAAUAUUGAAUUUCGGCCAAAUAUGAGCUUCGGCCAAAUAUGAACUUUCGGCCAAAUAUAAGCUUCGGCUAAAUAUGAACUUUCGGCCAAAUAUAGACUUUCGGCCAAAUAUUGACUUUCGGCCAAAUAUUGACUUUCGGCCAAAUAUUGACUUUCGGCCAAAUAAUGACUUUCGGCCAAAUAAUGACUUUCGGCCAAAUAAUGACUUUCGGCCAAAUAAUGACUUUCGGCCAAAUAUUGACUUUCGGCCAAAUAUUGACUUUCGGCCAAAUAUUGACUUUCGGCCAAAUUUUGACUUUCGGCCAAAUUUUGACUUUCGGCCAAAUAUUUGAUUUCGGCCAAAUAUUGGAUUUCGGCCAAAUAUUGAAUUUCGGCCAAAUAUGAGCUUCGGCCAAAUAUAAGCUUCGGCCAAAUAUGAACUUUCGGCCAAAUAUAAGCUUCGGCCAAAUAUGAACUUUCGGCCAAAUAUAGACUUUCGGCCAAAUAUUGACUUUCGGCCAAAUAUUGACUUUCGGCCAAAUAUUGACUUUCGGCCAAAUAUUGACUUUCGGCCAAAUAAUGACUUUCGGCCAAAUAAUGGCUUUCGGCCAAAUAAUGACUUUCGGCCAAAUAAUGACUUUCGGCCAAAUAAUGACUUUCGGCCAAAUAAUGACUUUCGGCCAAAUAAUGACUUUCGGCCAAAUAUUGACUUUCGGCCAAAUAUUGACUUUCGGCCAAAUAUUGACUUUCGGCCAAAUUUUGACUUUCGGCCAAAUUUUGACUUUCGGCCAAAUUUUGACUUUCGAACAAAUUUUGACUUUCGGCCAAAUUUUGAGUUUCGGCCAAAUUUUAACUUUCGGCCAAAUUUUAACUUUCGGCCAAAUUUUGACUUUCGGCCAAAUUUUGACUUUCGGCCAAAUUUUGACUUUCGGCCAAAUUUUGACUUUCGGCCAAAUUUUGACUUUCGGCCAAAUUUUGACUUUCGGCCAAAUUUUGACUUUCGGCCAAAUUUUGACUUUCGGCCAAAUUUUGACUUUCGGCCAAAUUUUGACUUUCGGCCAAAUUUUGACUUUCGGCCAAAUAUUGACUUUCGGCCAAAUAUUGACUUUCGACCAUAUAUUGACUUUCGGCCAAAUAUUGACUUUCGGCCAAAUAUUGACUUUCGGCCAAAUAUUGACUUUCGGCCAAAUAUUGACUUUCGGCCAAAUAUUGACUUUCGGCCAAAUAUGUGCUUCGGCCAAAUAUAAGCUUCGGCCAAAUAAAAACUUUCGGCCAAAUAUGGUCUUUCGGCCAAAUAUGGACGUUCGACCAAAUAUGAAUUUUUGGCCAAAUAUAGAUUUUCGGAUAAAUAUGGACUUUCGGACAAAUAUUGGCUUUAGUCUAAAUAUUGACUUUCGGCCAAAUAUUGACUUUCGACUAAAUAUUGACUUUCGGCCAAAUAUUGGCUUUCGGUUAAAUAUUGACUUUAAGCCAAAUAUUGGCUUUCGGUCAAGUAUUGGCUUUCGGCCAAAUAUUGGAUUUCGGCCAAAUAUGGACUUUCGGCCAAAUAUGAGCUUCGGCCAAAUAUGAGCUUCGGCCAAAUAUAAGCUUCGGCCAAAUAAAAACUUUCGGCCAAAUAUGGUAUUUCGACCAAAUAUGGAUUUUUGGCCAAAUAUAGACUUUCGGACAAAUAUUGGCUUUCGUCGAAAUAUUGACUUUCGGCCAAAUAUUGACUUUCGGCUAAAUAUUGACUUCCGGCCAAAAAUUGACUUUCGGUCAAAUAUUGGCUUUCGGUCAAAUAUUGACUUUCGGUCAAAUAUUGACUUUCUGUCAAGUAUUGACUUUCGGUCAAAUAUAAGCCUCGGCCGAAUAUAAGCUUCGGCCAAAUAUGGACUUUCAGCCAAACAAAAACUUUCGACCUAAUAUGGACUUUUAGCCAAAUAUUGACUUUCGGCCAAAUAUGGACAUUCGACUAAAUAUUGACUUUCGACCAAAUAUUAACUUUCGGCCAAAUAUUGGUUUUCGGACAAAUAUUGGCUUUCGGCAAAAUAUUGGCUUCCGGUCAAAUAUUGGCUUUCGGUAACAUAUUAGCUUUCGGACAAAUAUGAACUUAAGCCAAAUGUGCACUUUCGACCAAAUAUGGACUUUCGGCCAAAUAUUGACUUUUGGUCAAAUAUUGACUAUCGGCCAAAUAUGGGCUUUCAACCAAAUUUUAGAUUUCAGCCAAAUAUGGACUUUCAACCAAAUAUGGACUUUCGGCCAAAAAUGGACUUUCGACCAAAUAUGGAAUCUCGGCUAAAUAUGAACUUUCGGCUAAAUAUUGACUUUCGGUCAAAUAUUGACCUGACUAUGCUCGGUGGGCUGCAAUAUUUGACAGUCCGUUUGAUCACAAUAUUUGACACUUCGCUAGUCUGUGUAUAAAGUUUCUGUACUAUCCUGUUGGAUCUCAAAAACGCAUCGUCGCACCUGGAGAGUUCAUUGGCCACUAUAAAGGGUGUCCCACAUCAAAUUGCAUCACGGAAAAAAAACGCUGUAGAAAAUUACCUAGAGGACCUAUCCUUGUUAAAUUUUCAUACAAUAAAAUAUAACCCAUUAGUAAGCUUUUGGCAUAUUUAUUUCAUUCAACUCCUAUACCAUAAUCAUGCGAUCGCACAGCUGCAGCUUCUUCUGUACUUUUUUCAUGUUUUCCUCAGAUUUGACCUCCUUGGGACUCUUACGUAGUGCAUGCUUCAUAAUUGCCGAAGUAUUUUUCGAUGAGUCUUAGUCUCGGUACGUUGGGGGGUUAGGGGCUUAUGUUCUUGGAUACGAAAGUGACCCCGGUGGCUUUGUACCACUCCAGGACAACAUUUGAAUAGUGGCAUGAAGCUAGAUCCAGCCAGAGGAAGCAUAAACUUCUGUAUUCACUCCUUGAGGUAGAUCUCCCAGUUUACAGUUUCGGUGGUUACGAACGGCGCACUGCGUUUGCCACAUGAGCAGAGCGCUUGCCAAAUCACAUAUUUUUAUUGGCAAACCUUGAACAUUUCACCUUCCUUACUUCCUCCGGAACAUCAAACUUGUGCUGGAAAGCCCCGGAAGCUACCGGAAGUCUGCCUUGACGUAAGUCUCAUCAUCUGUGAUGAGACAAUGAUGCUUCGUCAGCAACUGGGUGUACAGUUUCCGGGUCCAUGACUCCCACCGUAUUUUGCCAUUGGUCACGAUUUGUACGUAUGUAGUCUAUCCCGGUCCUUGACUGUCUGACCGAAUAACUUGGACAAAUUGAUUUUUUGGCCACAUUCCCGAUCUGAGAUUCCGCUAUGUUCUGAUCCGUUUCUGUCGACUUGAAUCUUCCUCCAAAGUCUUCAAGUUGUUGAUCCACCCCUUCCAAUGCAACACCCAACCCGAGCAGGGUCUGACAACAAAUUGAAAACUAAACUUGAUGUUGUGAUGUUCGGCAAAUGAUUACACAGGUUGUUGUCGUUUUGGUCGUUUUAACGGUUAAAUGAUCAAAAUGGAGUGCAGCAAAACUGUCCUAUGACAUCAAACAGAAAACUAAUUCUGCUAUCAGUGAGAGUAAAUUGAAAGCUCAUUGAGAUGUUAAUUUUUUUUGAUAACAAAAUAUGUAUUCACUUUGAUGUUUCAACAAAGAAAUAUAAACAUAGAACAUUCUUCUAAGAAACAAGGAUAGCAAUAUGAGAUCAAAAUUUGAUGUCAUAUUUAAAAAAUCUAAAACUGAUAGUAAAAUAAGUUUUCAAUUUGAUGCUAUUAUCAAAAUAUGAUUUCUACUUGUUGUAAUUUUGAUGUUCGACUUUGCUCGGGAAAGAGUCGAUCUCAGCCAACGACUCCUUCAAUGAUACCUUUCCAUCCUCUAGGUAUUUAUCAAAUCCGCAGUCUGACAUCUGCUGCAGUAAUCGUAGAAUAUAAUUAAUGAAACGUUCCCCUUCCUUACAUUUCUGAUACGAAAUUCUACCAACAGUCAUCACCGUCAUCAGUGUGUAUCUGAUUCAAAUCAUUUAACCAAUACAGCCGCAAAUAAUCACGCCACACUACAAACCACUAGCGCAAUCGCCACUGAAAAUGAUUUGUUUUUUAUAAGCUGCUCAAUAGUGAACCUAAGCCGGACCCAGAUUUACAGUUUUUUCGAAUAUUAUAAGACAAAAUUCUUACCUCGCAUCCACUGUCUCGUCGUAAAUUUGUACGGGUUUCGAAAACGUACUAAUAAUACAGAUUAAUAACUCUACGUAAAUUUACUCAAUCGACCUCAGCAUCGCAAUCAUUCGUCGCUUUUCUUACUCGCCAGUGUUACCAUCUGCCCAAACUGUCAACGACGAGGGGUCCGACUCCAGAAUGAAAUGAAACUCACGAUAUUCCUUUACUCCUGGCCAAUGACGCUAAAUCUCUGAAUAAAGAAUAACGCCACGACAUAUCAAUCGGUUAUUUAUCAUGUAUCAGUCAGUGUCAUUCCACUCGACUACGAGCCUGUCUCUUUGAAUCCUUCUCGACUGAGUAUCAUUGACAGGUCCCGUUCUCGACUGAAAUGACGCUGAUAAACAAAAAAUUGGGAUGUUUACUCCAGACCAGAUAAAAACCCAUCCACAUUUGUUCAAUUAUUCCAUCGAUGAAUUGACCGGCACUACCACUAAACUUUCGCCAAAAAUCGCCGGGAAAAACCUCAACAGAACCCAACACACCUUUUUAUUGAGCUCGCGGGGUUAGCCUUCCUCUAACCGAUGCUUAUCAAAAACACGUUCGCAUAUAUUUACCACGACGAUCCUACUAUCAAAUUCCGUACAAGUAGACGCAAAUGUAUAGUCAUAGCUUUAGCAGGUGAUGUUCAGUUACGCUAGUAUCGAUUUAUAUUAAAUGCUUAAACUCGACAUAACUCGUCAUAGACUAUCAGAAAAUCUGUCAAUCCGUGGGCCCUCCAGUGAGAGCAAAGCUCUUCGGCUCCCCCCAUUUGAGAAUACCCUUCCUGUGCGCGUCUGUAAAGCCUACUACGAUCAACGUAUACAAUUAAAUAGGUAAGCUUCGACCCGACAAAAAUCAACGUACACCUACUAACUAGACUACAACCAAAUACAAAUUAAAUACGCCAAGGUCCCAUACAAAUGCAUCUUCAGUUUUUGGCUCACCAAGCAGGCUAAUUUUACUACCCAAUGCAUCCGUAUCCUCUUGACAGUUCACAAUUGUUAAAAAUAAUUAAAACUGGCAACGAUAUCUAAUCCAAGCAAACUGUUUGUUUUCAUUUUUAUUUUUGACGUAACAUUAGCAUUUUGCAGAAAAAAUGUAUUUUUCAUGAUUUGUGUGGUGAAUUUAAAAAUGAAACGUAAUUUCUUAAGCUUGAACAUAAUCCCGCCAUGUAGUCAAGACACGAUGCUUGGACGAAAUUAGUCAUGUAUAAUACAUAAUAGGCUACCCAGCAAGGACAGGAACUGUCCAUUUUCACCAAACCUUUAACCUGGCUGGUUAACAAAUAAAGAUUUUGACAUCACUCAUUUUCAAUCUGGAUUUCUUUGUGAACCGGUAAAAUACAUGGCAUUUUGGAAACUGUAAUAUUGGUAAUUGUUCCGAAUCGCAGCAUUUUCGAAAACGGUUGUUUUCAAUUGUUUUAAAUUACUUAAUUUAGGAAACACCAAUGACGACAAACAAGGGGAAGCUCCACCCCAAGGGGAACUAAGAAAAAAAGAUGUUCCACCUAACUUAUGCUGUAUUAUGCCCCAGAAAGUGCUUUUUGUGUGCUAUCUAAACCUAACCCCUAUAUUUGAGUAUAUCGAGCAAAUAAGUCGAUCACGGAUAUGCCUGCGCUUCCGACGGAGAAUUGCCAGCCACUUGGUGUAACGGAACUACAGUGGUUUUGCGCCGCUUUGGACCUUGGACUGGACAAACCGCAUCACACUAGCUUCGCCCAUAGCGCCACUCUCAUAUUCUAUGCAAGUAGUGUCUAUCCGGCAUUGUUCAAUGAGUACUCACCUACCAUGAACAGGGGUUACCCAUUUUGAGCCUCAUUUUAGCAAUUGUAGGCCUGGCAUGCAAAAGGAUUUUUUAUUCAUGCACAUCUGUGAGACAGACACCUCCCUCUUGCGCGGCGUAUGAAACGACAAAUCUCACUUCACACUACGUGACUUUCCUCAUCCAAUUCUGAGAGUCAACUUGGGUGAGAUGUCCUAUUGCAACUAAAUAAUCGUAUGUAACCCGAAGUAACUUCUGAAUAAGGCGAGAAAAGUCGUUUGCUCUGAGGAGAGAUAUGUCGUCUCACAUCAAACACUGUGCAGGUUAAAGAUGACAUUGUACCAUAUUUUUAUAAUUUAUUUCAAUACACCACCAGGUGCUACACGUGGCAAUUAAUUAACCCUUGAGCACUCGCGCUGUUGUACUUUGUACAACACUUUGGGAUUUUUCAUUAUCAUUUAGUUGCAAAAACAUUUACCAAUGCCAAACCACUGUGUAUUCCUCAGAAUUCAUGUUUUAGACAAAUGUGCCGGAGGGUUGAAUUCCAAUGUUUUACCCAUGGCUGGAAAUUGAAACUUUGUGACGUUUUAGAACUUUACUAAAUCAAGCUUUUGGGUUAAUAAUAUUGUUGAUAUAGUAAGGUUUCUGAAUUUUUUACCACGUAACAGGCCGACGAGGGUUUCUAUGCUUAACCACAGAGAACAGACGUCCAUCUUCAGCAUUCAACUUGUGUAAAAUCUUUAACGGUUUCGAAGAUAGUUUGGAUAUCUAAACCAGGUGCGCUACUGUCGUCAUGUUUUUUUGUGGCUGAGUUCGACAGAAUUGACAGCGGUUAUUCCUCUACCCAGUCUAACUAGUCCGGAACCGAUUCGGACUUCCAGCAUGAAUUCCAGCUCAAAUGUGUCAACCGAUAGAAUCGGAAUCGGUUGUUUUCUUUGAGCUAGAUUCCAUGCUGAAUCCAUCCAGGAUUUCGAACCGGUUCCGGAAUCGAUUUGACGGAUCCCUCUAAGAACGGUUGGUUUCAAAAUCGUCCAAUGAAGGACGUUCGUUGGACCAAUUUGGACAUCGUCCAAAUAACCGUUCAACGAACGUCCAUCGUUGGACCCGUGUUGAACGAUUUUGAAACAAUUUUUUGGGCGUCUCAGUGGGAUAGUUGGGAUAGGUUGGUGUGGUGGCGCUAGUGUUUUUCGUAUAUUAAUUCAAAUGUUUACACACGUUUUUAAAUAUUUUUGUUCGAUCAUGGAUGUCUGUUCUCUGUGGCUUAACCGUUAUGUGUCCAACAAAAAAAAAACACCUUUAACAGGCCAACGAGGUUACCCGGGUACCCACAAAUUGAAAUGCUCAUAACUAUGGCUUCUUUUAACCGAUUUGGACACUUUUAGAUGUUUUGGAUUCAGGAACUCGUCCACUUUUUGAUUCUGUAAAAUUGAACCGGAUAAAUGGAUCCGGUUCUUGGUAAACCGGAUUUUCCGGAGUAAUGUUCCAGUACUAGGGUAAAAUUUGUAAAUUUUAAUAAUGUCCAAACAAUAUGAGCAUUAAAACUCUUCAAAUUGUCUCAGAAGUCUGUUAUUUAUUGUUACGGGACCCUAUGGCAUUUUGAAAAAUGGAAUUGGAAUGGAAUGGCCACUCACGGCCUCACGGGAAUCUGCUCCGGAAUGUCCGUUCCGGGGUCAAAUCACCAAAUGGUUCCAAAACCACGAGAUAUAUGCUACUGAUGCAAUUCCAAGAAUUUUGAUACCCGUAUUGCCAGUAUUCUAUUGAAAUUCACAUAUAGUAUCCCAGCACCUGAGCAUGCUUCCGGAAAUCCGGAUUCCCGGGAACCGAAUGAUGUAACCGGAUUCAUUUUUUACCAAGUCUAAAAGUGGAUAAGUUCCUGAAUCCAAAACACCGAAAAGUAUCAAAAUCGGCUGGAAAUUAUCUUAGUUAUUGGCAUUUCAGUUUUGUGGGUACCCACGUCGGCCUGUUACGUAGUAAAAAAAUUCAGGAGCACGUCCUCACUCCGCUUCACUUCGUGAAGUUCUAACAUGUCACAGAAUUUCAAUUUCCAGCUAUGGUUAAAACAUGGGAAUUUCAUUAAUUGAAACCUAAAAAGGUAACCGGGUACCGCGUCGGACACAUAACGGUUAAUCGUCGAACAUUUUGACAGGAAGUUUGAAGGAAUAUUGUCAUUCUGAGUUCCGAGGAUUCGAUGUGAAAAUACGUUUGACUUGUGUAUUUACAUUCACAAUUUUUGUUAAUAAAUGCUGUUGUCUUCAAAAACGUUUGAUUUAGUGAUGAACAAUUGAAUGAGUAAUUAAAAGAAAGAAAUAGAAUAAGAUGGGUUCCCCACUAGCUCUUGAGCAAUGCAAGCGACAUGAGGUUGAGGUGGUGGGUUUAGUAACCAAUUUCCAACUUACGCCACCCCGAAGUUUAGCUCCCGUAGACGGGGUUCAAAUUCUGAUUAUCUCUCUGACCAAGUGAGUUUAAAAGCUAGAAUAAAAAGAGCACCGUAAUCUAUAUUGACAAUAGGAUAUUUAAGGAUAUUAGCCACGACGAGAGAUUGUAGCGCAGAUAAAAGUUUAAUGAACAGUUAUUGCUAUUCCAGACAGGUAAACCAAUGCAAGCAAUCAUAAAGCAUAAUCAAAGCUUGAAGUUGCUCGUUUUUGCCUGAAGCUUUUUUUCUCGUCAGAAAAGCGGAAAGUCUCUCCGAGCCACAUCGUGCACUUGUCGAUUAUCCUAGUCAGCCGCCAUCGGUCAGCAUCACGCACCUCGUCGAUUCAAGUAACGCUCGUGCCGUCAUAUUACGCCGUUGAACUCCGGCACCCGUCGAAGACUGUUUAAAACGAUGUGUACCGCUCCUUGGUGGCGACCAAGUCGAAGCAAAGAAACCCAGCUUCGAAUAGCCUUACUUGGAUAGCACUGGAACCGGCUAGCAACAUAAACAUCGGAAACAAACAGGUCAGACCCAACUUGAAAUAAGUGAAAGGGUUAAAUUAUGUCAAGCCAAAAGAAAAUAAACCGUCCUGUAGAUAUCAAUAGUCCUCGUUUCACAAUCCAGGCAAUCGUUUGGGUUUUUUGGAUUGCAUCGUCAAAUUCAUUUUCCUGUAGUUGGAGUUGGUUGUAGUAGAUCGUACCUGACCUGCCCUGCCCUGAGAGGUUUAGCCGGGAUGGUAAACACAUGCUCCACCGCAGUACAUCAUUGAACUAUACUGGCGCUUAAGCGGGAGAGUUCUGAAGGGUAGUUUGCAGUAGGGCCUAUCGUUUUGCGGAAUCACCUAGAUACUGGGGACUUUGUGAUUGGUAACCGUUCCUGCCGCUUCACGCGAUUGGCUCGCUGACACUAUCUUAACUGUUACAACUUACUUGUUUGCAUUAAAAAAAAAUUAAAUUCAACUGUAGAAAACAGUUCAAACGCGUCUCGCAGACUUUCGGAAAUUCUUAUACAAUCAAGUCGUUUUUCGCAAAGUGAACUUCCAAAGCUGGUACCUUUCCACUAAACGUGAGUCUAUACAAUUACACUUCUGGAGGAAAUCAGCUCCGUACUAGUGAUGGUACCCGAAAUAUUAAUUCUUGGUCCGAAGAUUUGGACGAAAUCAAAACACAAUCGAAAUUAAAUGUCAAAAAUUUUCAAACAUAACAGCAAAGCAAAAUCUGGGUUGCUAGUUUGGUAAUAUUUCCUCAAAGUAUGCUGUCACUCUGACAGUGUACCUUUAUCGCUGUACCUGGGUUAUAAAAUGUGUCCUCGAAAAAUUAUCAGAGCAUUCCGUAUUAACAUAUUUGUAUUUGCUACAACUAUCGGAAAAACAUCACAGAACAGGCGGUGUGGAGCACUCACCGGCCUUAGUCAUAUAUACAUACACACUAAACGUCACAAUCGAACAAAACACUUAAUGGUAAGAAUGCUUACCGCUAAUGGUUACUUUCUUGCUGUAAAAAUCUCUCCGCCUUGGCGUAGCUUAAUAAGUUUUAGGGUAACUACAUUUGUUAAAAAAAAUUUGCUAGGACGAAACGUGAGCGAUAUAAAACUUUAGCUAGGAUGUUCCAAUGUAAUAAUCGUAUUCUGUAUAUAUUGAAGACUGAAUUUGAACUGUACCAACCGGAUGGGGGAAAAGAGAUGGUAAACCUACCAUUUAAGUUAAAAUUGUGAACGCGAUCCCAAUCUGAUGAAUCUGUAGUUUGUAGUAGCUGUAAAGUAAUUUAUUUCCACUUUUCACCCCCCGCCGCGAUCGCAAACAAACGAGAGAGAGAGAGAGAGAGAAAGAAAGAGAACGAACGCACGCGAGAGUGUUGCGAAGUUUACAAAACUUGGCACCAACUGGUGCAAUCGAACCCGGAACCCCUGGGAUGAUGUUAAUACAUUUAGUGAUCCGACGUUUCGAGAAAAUUACAAAUAUAACGAUGAAAACCUCUGAUUAAGUUUAGCUUUCAAGUAACUGAAAACUAUGCACUUAGUUAGGUUGCUUCGACCGGUAUCAACGUACUUUGUUAUGCGUAUUCAUUUCAUAUACCAGUUGUUGCCUUUCUGUCAUCAUCAUUAAUGUAUAUCAAUUAAUCUUUGUUAUAUAACGAAGUACAGUGAAUAGAAAGAAGAAGAACAAAUCAUAUAUUUAAUUCAGAUUUCUUUUAAACCCCAAUCAAACAGGACGCUGGUAACGGUUCCACUUAGUAGAUAGUGCUGAAGAAAAACUUCAACGGGAUAUGAAUAAUCAGGUCCAAGAUUGUGAACGAAGAACGGAUGCGAAAUAAAGUCAUAUAUUACGGAAAAUUUA